AUCUAAAUUCAGAAGCAGAGCAGGUAGCACCCUCAGGAGAAGAAACACACCCUCUACCUUGCAGUGUAGCAUAAGCAAAUAUAUCUUACAAGAAGAAACACAAACAAACACAAAAAGAAAGCAAUACAGUAAGCUGAAUGGCUGCAGCUGGUAAUAGCAUAGACAUGGAUAAGGAGAGAUUAACGGCUGAGAUGGACUUCAGGGACUCUUCCUCCGCCGUCAUCAGAAUCCGUCGCCGGUUACCGGAUUUCCUACAAUCGGUGAAGCUCAAAUACGUCAAAUUGGGGUACGGCUACUCAUGCAACCCCGCCACCCUCCUCAUCUUUGCUCUCAUCCUCCCACUCCUCCUCUCACUCAUCGGCCUCAACCUCCACGACCUCCGCCUCGACACCCACGCGCUCACGCGCCUCGCCUUCUCCGCGGCCCUCCUCUUCCUCUUCGGCCUCUACUACGCCACGCGCCCAUCUCCUGUCUACCUCGUAGACUUCUCCUGCUACAAGCCCAGCAAGGAACGCAAAAUCUCCGUGGAAUCGUUCCUCAAGAUGACGGAGGAGAACGGCGCGUUCGACGAAAACGCCAUUCAGUUCCAGCGGCGGAUCUCCACCAAAUCCGGCCUCGGCGACGAGACCUACCUCCCGAGAGGGAUCACUUCCCGCCCUCCGAACCUGUCCAUGGAAGAAGCGCGCCUCGAAGCAGAAGCCGUUAUGUUCGGAGCACUGGACGCUCUGUUCGCCAAAACAGGGUUGAAUCCCAGAGACAUUGACAUCUUGAUCGUGAAUUGCAGCCUCUUCAACCCUACCCCUUCUCUCUCCGCCAUGAUCGUCAACCACUACAAGCUCAGGACCAACAUCAAGAGCUACAACCUGAGCGGCAUGGGAUGCAGCGCCGGAUUAAUCUCCAUCGACCUCGCCAAGGAUCUCCUCAAGGCGAACCCCAACUCCUACGCGGUGGUGGUGAGCACGGAGAACAUAACUCUGAACUGGUACUUCGGGAACGAGCGGUCCAUGCUCCUCUGCAACUGCAUUUUCAGGAUGGGCGGCGCCGCCGUGCUUCUGUCGAACAAGCGGCGGGACAGGGCGCGAUCCAAGUACGAGCUGGUUCACACGGUGAGGACACACAAGGGCGCGGACGACAAGAACUACAACUGCGUGUACCAGAGAGAAGACGAGACGGGGAAAAUUGGAGUGUGCCUAGCGAGGGAGCUGAUGGAGGUGGCCGGAGACGCACUGAAAACAAACAUAACGACUUUGGGGCCGUUGGUGCUGCCGCUUUCGGAGCAGUUGAUGUUCUUCAUGUCGUUGGUGAGGAGGAAAGUGAUGAAGGGGAGGAACAGGGUGAAGCCGUACAUACCGGACUUCAAGCUGGCGUUCGAGCACUUCUGCAUCCACGCGGGUGGGAGGGCGGUUCUUGAUGCGUUGCAGAAGAACCUGGGGCUGAGCGAGUGGCACAUGGAACCUUCCAGAAUGACGCUGCACCGCUUCGGGAACACUUCGAGUAGUUCCCUCUGGUACGAGCUGGCAUACACAGAGGCGAAGGGGAGGGUCAAGAAAGGCGACAGGGUUUGGCAGAUUGGAUUCGGCUCCGGCUUCAAGUGCAACAGCGCAGUCUGGAAGGCCCUCCGUGGACUGCCCGUACUCCAUGACUGGCGUGGCAACCCCUGGGACGAUUCCAUUCACACCUAUCCUCGUCACCCAUCCCCAUAGUUACCUUCUACCUCUCUUUAAUUGCUUAUUUUUAUUUAAUUAUCUACUGCGGGCCCAACGUGGUUGCAUAUUUGCAUCUCUUCAGCUUAAUUUACCAAACCGUUACCUAA